AUGCAGGGAAGAUAGUUUCAGCUAGGAGGAAGUCACACUUAGCAAUAGGUACAGCCUGACGCUUGCUCCAUUAAAUUCUCUCAUUUGCAUGAUAAUGACAGUGAGAAUCAAACUACUAUGCUGGAUUACUAUAGACAUGAUAUCAAUUCUUAAAAUGAUUUCCAUAUGCUUGACGAUCAUACCAAUAUCUUUAUCAAUCAAGAUGACCUAUGCAGAGCAUUUCAAGAUACUGAUAAUUUUUAAUCAGCCGAGGAUUUGUUGACAACUCUUACGGUAAAGUUUAACAGACUUCUUGAAACCCUGAAAAACGAGGAACUAGAAAAAAGAAAGUAUUAAAAGUAGGUGAUUGAACUAUAAACACAAAUCAACUCCUAUAAUGAGUUUAAAGAUGUUUUAGACAGAGUUGAUUUACUCAGAGAUAAUUAAAACUUGAAGGGGAAAAUAAUGUCUCUAGAGAGUGAACUUAAAAUAGUCACUUACGAGAAGACUAAAUUAGAACAAGUUUUUGAGGAAAUGAAAAAGAAAAUAGAGGAAAGAGUACCAGUUAUAAAUGAACUCUUAAACUCGGAGAAAAAUUGCAAAGAACUGGAAUAACAAUUAAGAGGACACACAGAACGAUUGAAUAGUCUUAGGAAAUUAAAUUAACAAUAUGAGUCAAAGAUCAAAUAGCUAUAAGAUGAAUUUGAUCGAGUACUUGGUAACGACAGCGGGGUCAGAGAUCUUAAGGAUAAAUGCAUACAACUGGAAAUGGACAACAGAGAGCUAACGCGACAUAUUAAGAUCUUAAUUGAAACUCAAAGUGAAAAUCAAAAUAUAGACUUGUUCAAACAGAAAAUUUAAGUGCUUGAAAAUAAGAUACAUCAAAUGGCCUAGCAGAAUAUUGAUCUGAUUCAAAAAUGUACUAGGCUAGAGGAGGAUAAAUUUCUUAAUAAAGAAAGAUUACAGUAGUAGUAAGAGUUGAAAAAUAUAGGAGGCUAAUCUAAGAUAUAGAAUCAAAACAAAAACCCAAACACUAUAUGCGCACCUUUAUAAAUGGUAUAGCAAAAGCCAAAAGUCUUAAACACUACUAAUAUAACUCAUCAAUCUGAUUUAUCAAAUCCUAUGAAAUCAUACAACUCAAUAAACUUAUCAAAUCAGAACAUUAAGUUUAACAAUAAUAAUCAAAUCUUAUCGUCUAAUAAUGCAAAUCAAUCUAGGAUGAACAUCACAGAGUUGAGAAAUAUAAACAUAAGUGAUUGCGAUUUAAGAAUGAGUAUGGACGAACAAUAGAUUGAAAGGGAGAUUAAAGCUAUAACAGAGCGAUCAGCAUAGCUGGAAGCAUCCCACUAAUAAACUUUUGGAGGAGAUGACUUAUUCUAUAAACUUAAUAGGUCUGAGAUAAAGCAGCAUGAAAUAGCUAAGAGCAGUAGCCAUCAAAUACUUAAUGAUAAAAAUAACUAUAGGGGAAUGGAUGAGGAUGAUGAAGAUGAUAUAGAUGACGUGCUUAGUUUAUAGCCUGAGAAAUUAGAUAUCUAGUCUUUAAGUAUGUCUAAUUGA